UUCUUCUUCAUCAAAAGAUCAAAUUCAUAAACAUUACUUUCAAUUAAAAUGGCGGACAUCUCAAGCUGGAACGUCGAAUUGGGGGCUACCAAAAUUGAUCCAAAUGAAAAGCUAUUUUUAUUUGGAUAUUCUUGCAAAUUAUUUCCUCCAGAUGAAAAGGCUGUCUACAUUGAAAAAGGGCAGCAUCUCAUUCCAUGGAUGGGAGAUAAAACUCUUAUGAUUGACCGAUAUGAUGUUCGAGGCUAUUUGCACGAUUUGAAGCAAUAUGAGCCAAAACCUGGAGGUUAUGAUCAUUCGUCAGAUGAAGAAAAACUUAUAGAUGAAGAGCGGUACCGUUCCUUACGAACCGACAUGACCGAAGAACAACUUUAUCAAGAGGAGGAAUUGAAACGAUUACGUGCUGCUAUAGCUGGGGAUGGAGCAUAUCAUGAGAUAGGUUUCAGUUAUGAUAAUCCUGAAAGUGAUAAUGCAGAAGAAUCAUCAACAUUGAAAGUUGAAGAUCCAGAAGAUGAUCUGUACGAAAUACCUGAAGGUCUUAAAGUUCCUAAAGGAUUGGAAGUGUAAGCCGUAGUGAAGAUGAAGAUGAUGAUGGUCACUAUCUACAUCCUAGCUUGAUGUCUGGAAAGGCAAAUGAUGUACCCAAAUUUACAGUUCCAACUAUCAAUUUCCGUCGAAGUGAUGAUGACAGUUAUUCUUUACUGGUGAAAAAUUUACAACAACAUCGAAUGGAAGAAACUCCACAGCCAGAAAUUCUGGAGGAAAAUUCUAGUGAUGAUUCGAAAUCUAUGCCUGCUGAUUGCAAUCAAGAAAGUAGUGAUUUCCGUAACUUAAUGGCACUUCAGAGUCAUCAUAUUGUACCUCCUCCACCUGACAUUCAACCUAUUGUAAAUAAAAUGGCAGAGUAUGUGGCCAAGAAUGGGGAAGAUUUCGAGACUAUUGUCAAAAGCAGAAAGGAUAAACGUUUUGACUUUUUAAAUAGUGGACAUGAGUACUAUAAUUAUUAUGUUUACCAAAGAGAUAAUGCUAAGAAGCGUGACAGUGGCUCAUCAAACGAACAAAAUAAUGCUGGUGCAACUUCUCCCAGCUCUGAACCACGGUUGAAAGGAAAGGAAAGUGGUAUACCAUUCAUUUCAGUUACAAGUGAUGCUGAUGUUCCUUCCGAAAAUGUGUCCUCGAAUCGAAAAAAUCUAGACUCGGGGAAUGUUAAUUCGCGUUCAAUUAUUGAAGAUUAUGAUGCUCUAUAUUCUCUUGAUUCACAAGAAACUCCUGAACUGCAACCGAUGGGUAGCCAGGAUAGUAGUGAUUCUCUGGACUUUCUCAAUUCUCCUUCAGAUGUUGCUGGAAAAGAAGGAUCUAAACCUAAAAUUAGCAAAGUCUUGAAAGGUCCUAUAAGUUUUUCAUUAAAGGCAAAAGAAUCUGAAACUUCAACAGAGAAGUCAAAAUUGACCCCGGUGCUAUUAGGUGAUGACUCUGAUGAAGAUAAUCCUGAGAAACUCUUAACUGACAGGGAAGAAUCGGACAAACUAAAAAGUUAUUCGGAUGAUGUCCAUUUUAAUUAUUACCCUAAGCCAGUUGAAGAGCCUAAAAUACAAAAGCCCAAAGAUGAAGCCUUGGAAGCAAAACUAGCUGAAGAACGUAUUAAAGAUAAGUUAUUGGCAACUGCAAGAGAAAGAUUAGCUCAUCAAAGGAAAGAAAAACAGUUACAGCUUGAACAACAACAGCGCGCUGAACAGCUUAAAAAAGAAAAACAGCAACUCUUUGAGCAGCAGAAAAAAGAUAAAGAACUUCAACUUGAAAGGAAACGAAAAGCAGCUCUAUUUCUGAAAAUGCUGCAAAGGAGAGAUCCAGAUUCUGCUGCCACUGCUGCUGUACCAGCUCUUCUAAAAAAUGCAAAGAAAAAUGAUAUUCAAGAUGGCAAAAUAACUAAGAUUACAGAAUUUUGGUCACUUCCUGACACAUCAAACCAACCUACGCCAGAGCCUGGAAUUCUGUUUCCUUUAAACAAAAUCAUCAUAUCAACUGAAGAUUCUGGUUCCACCACCAUCAUUCCUGGUAUCAAAACAGAUUGGCUGGAUGGUAAUUCAGAUGGAUCUGCACCAGAAGAGCCCUCCUCUAGAGUUUCUGAUAAACCGAGUAGUGAUUCAGACAAAAACAUAUCCUCAAAGCCUGAAAAGAAGAAGAAGAGAAAAAGAAAGUCUCGAUCACGCAGUAGAGACAGGUCGCGUUCAUCCAAGUCAGCCAGGCGAGUGAAAGAUAGGCAUCGCUCAAAAUCUCCACCCAAACACUACAAAUUGGAGAAGUCUAAACGGGAGAAGGAGAAGCAGCUUCCUGCUGCUUAUGCAAAUAUUAACCGCUCAAGAAGUCGCUCUCGUUCCCCGAGACGUUACAGAUCGAUGCCUGCUUGGAGGAGAAGGUGAUAACAAUCUAGUCAGAUUUAUUUUUAUCGCCAUUGUAAAUCAGUUUUGUACAUUUGUAAAUAAAAUUUUAAGUUUCUUAUUGA